AUGCUUUCCAAGGAUAUAUAUGAUAUCACAUUAAGUUUAGGAAGUUAUAUUCCUCAAUACUUGUGUAUUAUAUUAUCGACAGUGAUUGUUUUGUCGCCAAUAUUUUCUGUGAACGCUGUACAAGAAUUCACAGUUUAUCGUGCACAACAAUAUGAUUUUCAAGGUGUUCAUAUAGGUAGUCAAUUAUCUUCACUGAAUUGUGAAGCUCAAACAUACACCAAUAGGCUAAUUAAUCGAAAUUGUCUUCUCUUACAACUAGCAGAUAUGACGGUGAAUAUUUUAAAAGAUGCAAUUUUUCAUAAAAUUCCUGGGAUUGUAAUUAUUUUACCAUCAUCAUUAUAUUCAUGGACACAAUCAUUGAUAAAUCAUUUUAUCCAUAUAGAAAAAGAAUUGUUGACAGAUGAAUUUCACAUCCCUGUCUACUUCACUAUGAAUAAUUCUGAAAUUCAAGAGGUUUUUAAUCAAAUUAACCAACUUACUAAAUCUAGUACACAAACUUCAGGAAUAUCUGCGAUAACUCAAUCGAUCUCUUCAACUGGUUAUCGUUUGUUGGCUGGAUCACCAACACCAAAGCCAUUAACAGAUAAUUAUGUAUUGAAUAUAGAGGGUCGACUUGGUAAAGAAAAUGCUAAAUCUACUAUUAUUAUAUGUGCUCAUUAUGAUGCGAUAUCUGCUAUUCCUAGUUUAGCGUUUGGAGCUGAUGCAAAUGGUAGUGGUGUCGUUAUUCUCUUGGAACUGGCUCGUCUACUAUCUCGGCUGUAUGCAGAUGAAGCUAAUAGAUCACCUUAUCAGAUUGUUUUCUUGUUAACUGGUGGUGGAAAAUUUAAUUUUAUCGGUUCUAAACGUUGGCUUGAUCAUAGUAUUGAAGAUUCUUCUGGUCUGGCUCUUUUAGAUUCUGUUGCACAAGUGAUUUGUCUUGAAGGUUUGGGUUCUAUAAAUUUCGGUCAGACUAUGUAUGCACAUGUGUCUAAACCUCCGAAAGAAGGUUCAUUCGCUUAUAAUUUCCUGAAAGCUUUGCAUACUGCCUAUCAAUUACAUCCAUUUCCAAAUGAGUUAUUCAACGUUAAACUAUUGGAUAAUAAUCAAUCGAAUUCUGUUCAAUUGAUACAUAAAAAGAUCAACUUAAAUCAAGAAUUAUUAUCUUGGGAGCAUGAAAGAUUUUCUAUUCAUAGGUUAACUAGUCUUACUUUAUCCAAUUGGCCAUCAGUUCAAAUAGCAAAUCAAUGGAGACAAACAUCAAUAGAUGGUGGUAUACCAAUCAAUUCGUUUGGGGAAAAUAUUUCACCUAUUACCAAUUCUUAUACAAUUAAUCAUCAUCGUGGUAGUGUUAAUCCCCUGUUAUUAGCUCGAAAUACUCAUGUGAUAUUGGAGGCAUUACUACGUGUUAUAUAUGAUAUGAAUUCAUCUCAAUCAAUAAUGUACAAUUCACCAAUAGUAGCAUCACAUUGGUCUUCUGAAGUCAUUACAAGUUCACUGUUAGACCUGAUAACCAAAUAUCCACGUAGUGCUCAAUAUUUAACAUCAAAAUGGAUAACAUCAGCUUAUGAUCAUUAUCAGAGAGUACCAGUUCCAUCAGCGCAUAGAAUCAAUAGCAAAGAGUCUGUUCAACGACCUGGAUUAAUCAAAAGUUUAGAGUACUAUCUAUCUGAAAUUAUUGAUGAUGUUCAAGUUGUACAAUAUUCAUUGACUGAUGAAACUAAUAAAUCUGGUAGUAAAACGUCUAAUUCUAGAACAGAUCGAAUAAAAAAUACACCUCUUGAAUCAAGUAAUUCACCAUUGACUACAAUACCAUCGAUUGUUACAUCAGCAGCAGCCGCUGCACAAAUUGAAGUUAUCUUGUAUUCUGAUGUUACACCAUGUCUAAUGUCUGUGCACAAACUUAAAUCUUCCAUAUUCGAUUUUGCUAUAGCCUGUUUAAUAGCCAGUUACCUGGGGAUUAUGUAUUUAUUUUUGGAGCAUUUCCAUGUCAUUCUGAACUUGUUCCAAAUCAAUAGAAUUGUAAAGUCGAAAUCACAGUAG